UUCAAAAACCCUUCACAUACUCUGUGUUUUCUCAGUUGCAAGCUAUCAUUUUCCCGAGAAAAUAAUUAUGAAUUCAAACAUUUUCCCACCAUCGAAACCUCAAAAGAAGCUUGAUAUACAACAAUCCUUCUCGAAUCUUCAAUCUCAAUGCUCCAAUUUACUCCACAAUGUUUCGCAAACCUUUAAUCCUCUCUUCAACCCGGACACGAACAGUCCCAGUAAUCUCUUCUCUGCUAUCAAUUCGUUUCGAGAUCAAGCUAAGCAAGCCUUAGAUUCCGGAUUCUCUCGCUUCAAUUCGGUUUCUCGUUCCGGUAACGCUCCGGUCUGGGCGAGAAUUUCUAACGACGCCGGCGGUGACGGCGGUGGUGUGAGGACUCAGGCGACGGCUCCGGUUAAAGGAAGCGGGAAAGGGUUAUCAGCUGAUGCAAUUGAGGAGAGAUUGGCGGGAGUUCCUGUAUACGCGUUGAGCAAUUCGAAUGAGGAGUUUGUGUUGGUUUCAGGGACUUCUUCUGGGAAAUCUCUGGGUUUGUUGUUUUGUAAAGAGGAGGAUGCGGAGACGCUUCUUAGACAGAUGAAGAGUAUGGAUCCUCGUAUGAGGAAAGAAGGUUCAAAAGUUGUUGCUCUUGCUCUUAGCAAGGUGUUCCAGUUAAAAGUUAAUGGUGUGGCAUUUAGGUUGAUUCCUGAGUCUACUCAAGUGAAAAAUGCCCUGAAGGAAAGGAAAACAGCUGGUAUCGAUGAUGACGACUUCCAUGGUGUUCCAGUUUUCCAGUCAAAGAGCUUGAUUCUUCGAAGUGAAAACAUGAGUUAUCGUCCUGUUUUCUUCAGAAAGGAGGAUUUGGAAAAAUCCCUAAAACGAGCGUCCAGCCAACAAAACCGACUCAACCCUGCUCUGAAACCAGGCGAUAUUCAGGUUGAAGUUUUCGAAGAUAUUGUCAAGGGGAUGAAGGAAAACACAAGUUCAAGCUGGGACGACAUAGUGUUUAUACCGCCUGGUUUCGACGUUUCAACCGAGCAAACCCAGGAGUAGCGGAAAUCCUUGGCGCGUCGAAACCUCAACCUUCUCCAUUUUCAUAUUCCUACCACAUCAUUCAACAACUUGAUGAAGACAGAGAGUUAGACAUAGUGUUGAUGAUGUUCCCCUCCAUUAACAUAUCUUUCUCAAACCGUUGCUUCUUCUAUGUCGUCUUAUAACAAAGACAUAUUCGCAUAAUAUUCACUAUUAGUACUAGAAGGAAAAAAAAAAGUAAGAGUAGUUUGUACCAAUACUACUGUAGUGUCACGUUUUACAUAUUCCUACUGAGUUCAGCAUUUAAAACUGAGACGACGUUGAGAUUUCAAAAAA